AUGGCGGGGUCUUCCAGGGGCCCAGCAAUCCUGUACAGUUUGGUGGCCAGGGAGUCCGCGGUGCUGUGCGAGCAUGUGACCGACGGGAUGAGCGGGAACUGCGGCGUCGUCGCCCAGCAGAUUCUCACGCAGCUGGAUAUCUCGGACGUCAGGUCGUCCUACGCGCAGGACCGGCACUCGUUCCACAUCCUGCAGUCCGACGGCCUGGUCUUCCUGUGCAUGACGCAGAGCGCGCUGUCGCGCGGCGUCGCGUUCGCGUUCCUGCAGGACGUGCGCGAUCGCUUCAUGCAGGCCCACGGCGAAGCGGCGGCGACCGCGCUGGCCUACUCCCUCAACACGGACUUCUCGCCCGUCCUCCGGGAGCGCAUGGUGUACUUCUCGACGACCCCGGGCCUCGACCGCGUGGCGAUGGUCAAGGGCGAGCUCGACAACGUGAAGAGCAUCAUGCUGGACAACAUCGACCGCGUGCUGGCGCGCGGGGAACGCAUCGACACGCUCGUCGAGAAGACCGACCACCUCGCGUUCGAGUCGCUCAACUUCCGCUCCGAGGCGCGGCGGCUGCACCGCACGAUGCGGUGGCAGCAGGUGCGGUACAUGAUGCUGAUGGGGGUGGGCGGCGUGGGCCUGCUGUACGUGCUCAUCGCCAUGUUCUGCGGAUUCUCGCUCUCGCACUGCUAG